CUGACAGAGACGCUGGUGCUCACUGAGAAGCUGAGGGAAUCUAACAUCCUCAUCAAAGACCAGGCCCGGAAGCUGUCCCAGUUAGAGCAGAAGUUACAACAGGGUAGAGAUGUGUCAUUUCUCCUCAGUCAACAUCUCAAGGACCUCCUCACCCAGGAUGACAGCAGUGAUGAGCAGGCACCACGCUUCCAAGAGCAACUGGCUGAGGGGUGCUGGCUAGCUGAGUGCCUUGUCCUCAAGCUCAGUCCAGGAAAUCAUGAAGAGGAGGGAAAUGAUAAUGAUUACAAAUGGCUUUCCCCCAGGCUGAGCAGAGAGGGACAGGAGGAGAGAGUUAAAGAAACUCUUGAGGACUCAUUGGAUGAAGGUCUUAGGUCUUCCUCAAGUUACAUUGACUUUUCCAAAGCCCACCAUCAUCCCAGCAUCACUGAUGCUCUGUUGGAUGACUGUGAAGAAUCUUCUCUGGAUGCAGCUGGCACCCAAGAUAAUAAGAAGCAAGAAGAAGAGGAAGAGCCUAUGAUCUUCAGGGAUCUGCAAGAGGCUGCGGACAUUAGUGCAGUGCUGCAGCACACAGUGGAUGAGAUAUAUGUGGCUCCUUCCAGUUGCCAGGACUUGUGUGAUGUCCACCAGACUCCCGAUACUCCAGCAUCCACACCUGAGGAGCAGGUUGGGAGCGGGAUUCUGGAUACAGAUGAAAAUCAAAGUGGUUGCCAAGCCCAAGAAGGACAAGAGGCAAACUACCCAGUGUGCUAUGACUUGUGUGACUUCCACCAGACUCUUAACGCUCCAGAGUUCCAACCUGAGGAACAGCUUGUGUGGUGUUUUCUGGACAUGGAUGAAAAUCAAAGUGGUUGCCAAGCCCAAGAAGGACAAGAGGCAAACUACCCAGUGUGCUAUGACUUGUGUGACUUCCACCAGACUCUUAACGCUCCAGAGUUCCAACCUGAGGAACAGCUUGUGUGGUGUUUUCUGGACAUGGAUGAAAAUCAAAGUGGUUGCCAAGCCCAAGAAGGACAAGAGGCAAACUACCCAGUGUGCUAUGACUUGUGUGACUUCCACCAGACUCUUAACGCUCCAGAGUUCCAACCUGAGGAACAGCUUGUGUGGUGUUUUCUGGACAUGGAUGAAAAUCAAAGUGGUUGCCAAGCCCAAGAAGGACAAGAGGCAAACUACCCAGUGUGCUAUGACUUGUGUGACUUCCACCAGACUCUUAACGCUCCAGAGUUCCAACCUGAGGAACAGCUUGUGUGGUGUUUUCUGGACAUGGAUGAAAAUCAAAGUGGUUGCCAAGCCCAAGAAGGACAAGAGGCAAACUACCCAGUGUGCUAUGACUUGUGUGACUUCCACCAGACUCUUAACGCUCCAGAGUUCCAACCUGAGGAACAGCUUGUGUGGUGUUUUCUGGACAUGGAUGAAAAUCAAAGUGGUUGCCAAGCCCAAGAAGGACAAGAGGCAAACUACCCAGUGUGCUAUGACUUGUGUGACUUCCACCAGACUCUUAACGCUCCAGAGUUCCAACCUGAGGAACAGCUUGUGUGGUGUUUUCUGGACAUGGAUGAAAAUCAAAGUGGUUGCCAAGCCCAAGAAGGACAAGAGGCAAACUACCCAGUGUGCUAUGACUUGUGUGACUUCCACCAGACUCUUAACGCUCCAGAGUUCCAACCUGAGGAACAGCUUGUGUGGUGUUUUCUGGACAUGGAUGAAAAUCAAAGUGGUUGCCAAGCCCAAGAAGGACAAGAGGCAAACUACCCAGUGUGCUAUGACUUGUGUGACUUCCACCAGACUCUUAACGCUCCAGAGUUCCAACCUGAGGAACAGCUUGUGUGGUGUUUUCUGGACAUGGAUGAAAAUCAAAGUGGUUGCCAAGCCCAAGAAGGACAAGAGGCAAACUACCCAGUGUGCUAUGACUUGUGUGACUUCCACCAGACUCUUAACGCUCCAGAGUUCCAACCUGAGGAACAGCUUGUGUGGUGUUUUCUGGACAUGGAUGAAAAUCAAAGUGGUUGCCAAGCCCAAGAAGGACAAGAGGCAAACUACCCAGUGUGCUAUGACUUGUGUGACUUCCACCAGACUCUUAACGCUCCAGAGUUCCAACCUGAGGAACAGCUUGUGUGGUGUUUUCUGGACAUGGAUGAAAAUCAAAGUGGUUGCCAAGCCCAAGAAGGACAAGAGGCAAACUACCCAGUGUGCUAUGACUUGUGUGACUUCCACCAGACUCUUAACGCUCCAGAGUUCCAACCUGAGGAACAGCUUGUGUGGUGUUUUCUGGACAUGGAUGAAAAUCAAAGUGGUUGCCAAGCCCAAGAAGGACAAGAGGCAAACUACCCAGUGGAACUACAAGAGGUGGAGGACAUUACUGCAGUGUUGCAGGACUCUUUGAAUGAGAAGUAUUGGAUUCAUUCCAGGUGCUAUGACUUGUGUGACUUCCACCAGACUCUUAACGCUCCAGAGUUCCAACCUGAGGAACAGCUUGUGUGGUGUUUUCUGGACAUGGAUGAAAAUCAAAGUGGUUGCCAAGCCCAAGAAGGACAAGAGGCAAACUACCCAGUGUGCUAUGACUUGUGUGACUUCCACCAGACUCUUAACGCUCCAGAGUUCCAACCUGAGGAACAGCUUGUGUGGUGUUUUCUGGACAUGGAUGAAAAUCAAAGUGGUUGCCAAGCCCAAGAAGGACAAGAGGCAAACUACCCAGUGUGCUAUGACUUGUGUGACUUCCACCAGACUCUUAACGCUCCAGAGUUCCAACCUGAGGAACAGCUUGUGUGGUGUUUUCUGGACAUGGAUGAAAAUCAAAGUGGUUGCCAAGCCCAAGAAGGACAAGAGGCAAACUACCCAGUGGAACUACAAGAGGUGGAGGACAUUACUGCAGUGUUGCAGGACUCUUUGAAUGAGAAGUAUUGGAUUCAUUCCAGGUGCUAUGACUUGUGUGACUUCCACCAGACUCUUAACGCUCCAGAGUUCCAACCUGAGGAACAGCUUGUGUGGUGUUUUCUGGACAUGGAUGAAAAUCAAAGUGGUUGCCAAGCCCAAGAAGGACAAGAGGCAAACUACCCAGUGGAACUACAAGAGGUGGAGGACAUUACUGCAGUGUUGCAGGACUCUUUGAAUGAGAAGUAUUGGAUUCAUUCCAGGUGCUAUGACUUGUGUGACUUCCACCAGACUCUUAACGCUCCAGAGUUCCAACCUGAGGAACAGCUUGUGUGGUGUUUUCUGGACAUGGAUGAAAAUGAAAUUGCUUACAAAGCUGGAGAAAGACAGGAGGCAAAGGCUGCCAGGGAUCUGCAAGAGGCGGCGGACAUUAGUGCAGUGCUGCAGCACUCAGUGGAUUGAGAUAUAUGUGGCUCCUUCCAGUUGCCAGGACUGGUGUGA